AUGACCGCUUCGGACCUGGAAGGCGUAUGGGCGAGUCUCGCAGGACCGAGUCUUCGUGCUGCACAGGGCGAGACGCUACCGCUCGAGUCGACGGCGCUUGCUCUGACGGGGAUGGUGAUGGUGGUCGAGCUGCUGCUGGGGCUGAUCGAGCUGCUGCUGGGACUGAUCGAGCUGCUGCUGGGACUGAUCGAGCUGCUGCUGGGACUGAUCGAGCUGCUGCUGGGACUGGCCAAACUGGCGGUGGCUCAUGGAUCGCUGGCAGAGGCACGGGCGCUGAUGGCAAAGGCAGAGACAGAGCAACUUGCGUUUGGGCCUCGCAUCGGCAGAUCGCUGCUUCAUGCGGCGUUGGGAAGACCGAGUGUUGCCAUGGCUGAGGCUGUGAUGGAGACUGGCGCUCUUCCUUGCUUGACGACUCCAGGCGCUUUCUCGCCGCCGCUGCUGACAGUGGCGGCGCUCUCCGGAUCGGUCCGCGCAACGCGCUGGGUUCUUGCGCUUGGCGCGGAUGUCAACGGAGCUGAUGGCCACGGAGUUACUGCUCUUCACGCUGCCGUGGCCGCCAGCUGUGUCUUUCCGGCUAUGGUGCUCCUGGAUGCAGGCGCAGACUGCGAAGUCCGCGAUGAGCAGGGGCACACCCCGCUAAUGCGUGCGGCGUACGAAGGGUCGUCCGCCAUGGUGGCGCUCAUGCUGCGCGCCGGAGCUCGGAUCGAUGUGCCGUGCAGAGCUGAUGGGAUGACUGCUCUGCACUGGGCAGCAGCCAUGAAGCACGAGCGGCCGGCCGAGCUUCUGGUCUCGGCCCUCGCGACCUCGCCCGACGCCCUCGCUUCCGUCCUAGCCGCCCACUGCUCCGACGGCGAGACCCCGAUUGGUUGGGCCCGUGCCGUCGGCGCGCCCAAGGUCGUCUCGCUCCUCGAGGCUGCCGAGCGCUUUGCCACGGCCGCAGGCGGCAAGAUCACCCCGCUGCGCGAGCACGGAGGUUUUGUCGAGCAAGCCCUCGUCCCGCCGAGGCUCUCGGUCUCGAAGGUCGGUGUGAACGCGUGUGGCCGGCCACUGGCCACAUCGUCAGAACGGGUUGUGAGCACCCUGGCGUGCGUGAUGGUGGCAGCGUGUGCCGGCGUAGCUGCAGUCAUGCACCCGCUCUUUGCGCUCUUCACCAUCCUCGUCCUCGUCUCCUUUGGCUUCAAGGUCUUUACCGGCAUUGUUCGGUACGCCAACAAGCACUCGUGGCUCGCGCUCAGCACGCCCGACGGCGACGGCGAGGUCUCCAAUGCUCGCCUCACUGCACACUACAUCGAGGCGCUACAGAUCGGUAUCUUUGCGGCGGCCAGCCUCCUCUCGGUCCCGGCCGUCGUCAUGUACAUCGUCCCGCCCGCGCUUGUCGCCGCCCCGCUCGAGCUCUGCCUCUUCUGGCUUCUCUCCUUUGCCACGCUGGGCAUCUUUCUUUGGCUCCGCAACUCGCAGCCUGGGACGACGCCGCGGAUAGUCCCCACCGCCGCCCAGGCUGAGGUCAUGAGUGACAUGCUCGCCGCAGGCACGAAACCCUCAAAUCUCUGCCCGACCUGCCUCAUCAUCCGGCCACUGCGCUCAAAGCAUUGCUCGACCUGCGGUGUCUGCGUUGAGCGAUUCGACCACCAUUGUCCCUGGCUCGGUGUUUGCGUCGGCAAGAACAACAUGGGCGCCUUUGUCGCCUUUGUCGCUCUCUUUGCUCUCGCCGAGCUGCUCUUCCUCCACCUUGUCGCCUCUGUCACCCCGUACUCGCCGACCUCGCUCACCUCGCUCGUCGCCAUGCUCAACACCGCUCCGCUCCUCUGCCUUGCAGUUGUCUGGAACACGCCGUUCCUCAUCUGGAUGGUUCAUCUCACCUUCCAGAUGCUGUACCAGACCUCACGCAACCUCACCACCAACGAGCGGCUCAACUCGGACCGCUACGAGAUUUUCAAGGACGACGACGGUGGCUUCUUCAAUCCGUUUGACCUGGGCCUCGUCGCCAACUUUGAGCAAGCACUUCUAGGCAAGCACCAAGACGCGCUGCUGGUGUAG